AAACAGCGGCCCCAUCACAUUUUGUUCCUUUGCAUGUGUCAGCUGGGAUUUUUUUUCCUGCCAAAUCACUGGAGUUAUUUUUGCGUGUUCUAAACUUUACGAAUCAACGUAUUUACACUAAAGCUCGCGAUUUAUUUCUCCAGUCAACAGUCUAACGUAAUUAUGUCCGAAUUAGAGAAGUCAGGAAUAGAAAGUAAACGAAACUGAAGACGAUUAGGGUUUUAGGCUCGGUUUGUCACAGUGAAAAUGGGAAAGAAGAGGGGAAAGGACAAGACCUCCAAGGAGGAUGAUGAGCUUGACCUGACAGUUCCAUCCUGUAGGCAUAUUAAGAAGGGAACAGACCAAACUCUUCUCAAGAAACUUUCUGGUACCUCAGAUUGGACGAGUUGUCAGGAUUGUAAGCAGGAAGAAAAUAAAGAAAAUAUCAACAACCAUCUGCCACAGGAGGCUGAGGAAGAAGAAGAAACAGGAUUGUGGAUGUGCUUGAAAUGCGGCCAUAGAGGAUGUGGACGGAAUUCUGAGAAUCAGCAUGCCAUCAAACAUUAUGAAACUCCCCGGUCUGAUCCACACUGCUUGGUGGUCAGCUUGGACAACUUUAGUGUGUGGUGUUAUAUAUGUGAUGAUGAAGUCCAUUACUCCAGAACAGGGCAUUUGGCUCAGCUAGUAACCAACCUGAAAAAGCAAACAUCUUCAGAUUCUAUAAAACGACCACAGAAACGGGUCAAGGAGGAAGAUGCCUUGAUGGAAGCUAAACAGAAGGUGGAGACUGUAAAAGAAGAUGAAAAUGAGGACAAGGAAAACAAAGAAAACGGGGAUCACCAAAAGAAAAACACAAAGAAAGAGACUGUUGGGAAAUCUCAGAAGAAGAGCACAACUGAAGAGCAUUGUGGUGUUUCAGUAAAGGGUCUGAGCAAUCUGGGAAACACCUGCUUUUUCAAUGCAGUCAUCCAGAAUCUGUCUCAAACACAACUCUUAAAACAGACUCUCAACAAAGUGACAGAAGAGAAAAGUCUCAACAUUAAACCCGGUGCUUCUUUAGAUCUGGAGCCUAUAGAAGUGCAGUUAGACGGUCCCGGAUCUCUAACUUUGGCUAUGUAUCACCUACUCUGUGAGAUUCAGGAAUCGAAGAAGAGUGUAGUAACACCACGGGAGCUGUUCACACAAGUUUGUAGAAAGGCUGCCAGGUUCAAAGGAUUUCAGCAGCAAGAUAGCCAGGAGUUGCUGCGCUACCUGUUGGAUGGCAUGAGAGCCGAGGAGCACAAUAGAAUAAGCUCAGGAAUAAUGGACACAUUGAAACAAUCUAGAGAAGGCACAGAUGGAGAGCUGAAAACGCUACUAAAAGAGUAUGAGAAAAAUGGAUUUCUAAAAAACUUUGUUGACCAAGUUUUUGGUGGUGAAAUUACCAGCACUAUUAUGUGUCAGCAGUGUAGAACGGUUUCUGUGGUCACAGAGAUGUUUUUAGAUCUUUCCCUUCCUGUUUCUGAUGAGGCAUAUAGAAAGAAGAACCAAAAAAAGAAGACCAGUGCUUCAAGCCAGGAUGACAGCAGCAGCCCUGUUCGGACUAGUGGGAAUGAUGACAUUCCCACUGGGGCUGGCAGCAAGUACCAGCAGAAGAAAGCCAAGAAGCAAGCAAAGAAGCAGGCAAAGCAUCAAAAAAGACAGCAGAAGCUUGAGGGUAGAGCCACUUUGGACAGUCUCACCUCUCCCAGCCAGGCUGAGAGCGAACACACAGAUGCUACAGCAGAGUCAAAGGACAGGGAAAACACUGAUAAUGAAACACUUGAAGAAGAUUCACAACAUCCUGCUCCAGUCAGUGUGUCUGAAGAGGACCAAAAGCCCUGCAACGCAGUGCAGGUGGAGCAGGAAAAAGAAGAGGAUGAGGAUUCAGCGAGUGACCCUGACUCAUCAGUCAGCAACCGGUUUACUGCCUUAUCAGUGGAACAGCACUCAAAGGACAGCACCGUAUGCAAUGAAAUGGCUAACAUGGGUCAUGAAGAAGACAAGACAGAAGAGGAAGACACACAGCUGGUGAGGAAAAUGAGUAAAGUAACCUUGGAUGAUGCCUUUAUAGAAGACACUGACGCAAUGGAACAAAGCAUGGAGAGUGAAGAUGGAGUGAUGGAGACUAAGGAAUAUACAGUAAUAAACCAAGAUCCAGAGCUGGCCUUCCACACGAUGGCUGUCAGGACAAUCCCAGAGAAACAGGAGUGUUCAGUGCAGUCGUGCCUUUUUCAAUUCACAGAAGUAGAAACCCUCACGCAAAACAACAGUUUACUUUGUGUCACCUGCACCAAACGGCAGCUGGGGAACAACAAGUCUGGAGGAUCCAAGAAGAAUAUCUACACUGAUGCCUUGAAGCAAAUCCUUAUCUCCUCUCCACCUUCAGUCCUUACUCUUCAUUUAAAGAGAUUUCAACAGAAUGGCUACAGUAUUUGUAAGGUGAAUAGACAUGUCACCUUUCCUAUGAUACUGGAUCUAGCUCCCUUCUGUGCAGUCAAAUGCAAGAAUAUACCAGAGGGACAUAGUCAGAUCUUAUACGGUUUGUAUGGCAUCGUAGAGCACAGUGGAACAAUGAGGUCAGGUCAUUACACGGCCUAUGUGAAAGUGCGGCCCGAGUGCCCUCAGCCCUCAUCCAAUGGACUUACAGACGGAGAUGCAGAGCCAUCCAGAGGAUCCUGGUUCCACAUCAGCGACACAAGCGUUCAACCUGUGAGUGAGAGUAAAGUCCAGAGCUGCCAAGCCUACCUCCUCUUCUAUGAAAGGCUCCUCUAAUUGUGCAUCACCACUCAGGAAAUCCAAAUAAACCAAUGCUGCUUCAGUUUCACCUUCUAAGGGAUCUCAAAGAAUAUUUCCGCCUCUACCUGUUCUGUCAGUGUCUGAAAUUGUAUGACAGUGUCUGAAAUAUUAAACAGGUCAUUUUUAUCAGUCUCAUACCAGUACAGAAAACCUAGUUGGACAAUGAAUUGACAAUAUGGAACUGGAAGUCACAGUUUCAGUAUAUUAAUGAAAGCUUGGGAUAGAUGAUAUGUAGAUAUAUAUUUUUUUCUUUUUUAAAUCAAUGUCAUGUAAUUAAAUGUUGCAAAAAC